AUGACUACUCCGCUAACCGGAGGCGAAAUAUCCAACAACCAGGAAAUGAAUUCUCCCCCUGUUGCCUCUCAUUCCAGGUCCUUUAAUGCUCCGUUGAACCCCAUAUCGGAGCUUCUUUGGAAGGAAGCAUUCGAAAGUCUCUCUCCAAGCGAUCAGGAAUCACUCCAACGAUCUAACGGUGGCGACAUCAUCAAAGAUAUUCUAGAUAGCAUGGCAGUACAGAAGAAGCUUUGUGAGCGUAAUUCGCACGAGUUCAAAUGGAAGGGACAGGUUUACCGCUCCAGCGAUAUCGCGGACAAAGUCAUUUCAUGGGUGCAAACAUUCAUCAAGGUGGGCGAUACAAUUGUCCAGUAUGAUCCGGUGCACGCGGCGCUCCCCUGGGCGGCAUUCCGAUUUAUCCUGCAGGUGGCAGUGAAUAGUCAAGAAUCCAUGGGAGCAUCUCUCUUGGGAAUUGAGCGUAUCGUCAAUAUUAUGAUACUUGAUUUCAUAGCAAGGACGAAGAAGAAAAUAUAUAAAGGAGGAGUAGGUCGAAUUGUAUCAGCUAUUUUUGAAUGUGGCGAUACAAAAGAAAAACUAGUCUUGCUUGAACAGAGCGCAUCGAGUAUCGACACCACAGCGUCAACGGUUGAUGCUCAAUCUCGGCGCAUUAGAGAUCGCGAGCUAAGAGAGGGUAUUCAUGAUGGGCGUAAUCGAUUUGGAGAAUUACAGGAGAUCUUGACCAAGCUGAAUGCUCCAUUGAGCGACAUUGCUCCAGGGGCAGGUAAAACCAGACUUGCGUCGGCAGUUGUGGAACGGCUUACAGAAAGACCUACGGGGGCCGCCCACAGCCAGCGGCCCAUACCAUACUUUUAUUGCAUUAGAACAGAGGAAGAUCGCCGUGAUCCGGCCAUCAUUUUGGCCAGCCUUCUGAAACAGCUGGGGACAUGUACCGAGAACCUUCCCGCGAUGCUGGUCUCAGCUUAUGAGUCUCGAGAAAGAAACGGCUCCCAAGAGCGAUUGGAUUGCGAUGAGUGUCAAGAGCUCAUAGUCAAGAUCAUUAAUAUUAGUCAGCCAACCACUCUCGUAAUUGACGCUCUGGAUGAAAUGGAGAUGGAAGGACGGCUGGAACUAUUGAAGGCAAUCAAGUUCAUCAUCUUUCGCUCCACCCCUGUCGUCAAGAUCUUUAUAUCGAGCCGGAUGAGCAACGAUAUAGAGUUGGCGUUAGAGGAUGUACCCAGGAUUAACAUUCGCGCUAGAGAUAACCAGAAAGACAUCAACAAGUUUAUAAGGCGUGAGAUAGAUAAGGCUAUUCUGGAAAAGCGAUUACUUGGUGGCUCAGUCCACCCUGAUUUAAGGGAUAAGAUUGAGAACGCUCUCUCAGAAAAGGUUGAUGGGAUGUUCCAAUGGGUCGCUCUACAGAUACCAUAUAUCUGUGAGUUUCAAAUUGCCGAGGACGUGGAAAAGAAUCUAUCGCGUCUCCCAGAUACGCUGCAACAGAGUUAUGAUCUGAUUUAUGAGAGGAUCGAGCGGCUACCGGGAUCUUCACCAAUACUAGUAAAAAGAGCGUUGAUGUGGAUCAUGUGCUCGCAGGUACCUCUGAAACUUGACACAUGGACAGAGGCCGUAAGAUGGUCUGCACAAGAGGAUGGAUGGAGUGGAUGGGAUUUUGAUCAUUUGUUCAAACUUUGUCAGAACCUUGUCGACAUCGACGGUGAAUUAGGGGUAGUGCGAUUUGCACAUUUAUCAGUUCGAGAGUUUCUAGUUGAGAAGAACCUGGAGGGAGAUGGGCAUCGCAUGAUGGCAGAAGGCUGUGCUGCAAUUUUAGCAUUGCCAUAUUCGGAGGGAGAUACCACCCCUUCCAAUAUAAUACGUCGAAUUGGAUAUGCCUACGAAUAUUGGGGUACGCAUAUGAUGAAAAGUCCCCGAAAGGACGUCGAUAGCUAUCCUCAUAGUGUUAAUAUGCUUGUGUUGCCCGAGCGUCGGCAACGAUGGAUGGAGGGUUCAUAUGGAUAUGAACCAUUUAGCACACUUUGGGAGGUCGCAAAUGAGGCGAUACCAUGGGAUUCGUUGCACGACUAUAUAGGAUCAAAGUGCCACUACCUAUUCAUCUUUGCGCUCCUUGGUAUCCAUGUUACCGACCAGUACUGGCCUCCUAACGCAGCAACGAUGAUCGAUGCCGACGAUGUUUCUCUUUUCGAAAGAGCUAUCGAAUACGACCAUCUUCAAAUGCUUACAAAGCUCUUGGAUAAUGGAGGAGAGAUUCCAGGCGACGUUUUAGAGCGGGUUCAGCAGAGAUCAUUACCAAAGUGCUCCCAAAGAGCUACUGAAUUAAUCGAAAAUUAUCUGGCGUCUCGCACUCCAGCACCAGAUUUCGUUGUCGAACCGCCGCCACGGUGGACAGUGCCCUUUCUGCAACCAAUCAUUCAGGUUUUCCGGUGGUUUACUGGUUAG